ACCAAAAAUAAACAUGUCAGCGCCCAUGGUCCAAACAUGGAUUGGAUAGAAGAGCAGAGCAGACACAUUGCUGCUCAUAGGUUUCAUCUGGAAGAAGCUAUAGCUCAACUUAAGGUGUUAUUUAACCCAUGGCCAUGUAAGCACUCAUUAGAGGAAGAGCAGUCCCAAGACAAACAUGAAGCUGGAUGUGGGCUUAAGGCGGGGCAGAACAGGGAUAGAGAGAAAGCAGGUGAGAGUGAGAUAUCUGCGGAGGAGCAGGCUGGGGUGUCCAUGGUGGACAAGCUUCUCUCACAUGCGCAGAGGGCUCGAGAUGUACAGAAAAAGCUGGAAAAGCCAAAGAAAACCAAAGGAAGGGAAAUUGUGACAAAGGUACGAGAACAGACACACACAGUUUCAGCUGCUGAAAAAGGAAAAACUGAUAAAACUUCUGCUAAAAAUCAAGUCGAGAGUUCUUCACAGGAUAAAAGCAUCAAAGAAAAGAAUUAUUCCAAGCAAGACUCCAAACUUACAUCAAAGUCUUCAAGUCAGAUGAAGCCAGGUAGUGCAAGCUCAGCUACUGACAAACAGCAGAGGUCUCAUGUGUCAGCCAGACCACAGAGUGCCUCAGGAAAGAAGCACAUUCCAGUCCACAGCAAUGCCCCCUUCCAGACAAACCCCAGGCUGGCCACUGUCAAGCUGCAGAGCACAUACCGGGCAGCCAAUGCCAGCACAACCAGCAAGGCCAGGCUUCAAGCCAGAGGGGGUUCUGCAUCCAGGGGCAGGGGACAGCAUUCAUCAAAACCCACAGUCAUGAACUCUGUACCUAAACACAAUGAAAACACAAAAUCUCAGGACAAACCUCAAUCUGUGAUAAGAAGGGAAGAGAAAGGCUGUGAUAUUUCUGGUGCUAGUAGCUCUUCAAACCCUUCAAAUGACAGUUUUGAAGAUACUGUUUUUUCUCAUGAAAACAAAAAGGCACAACCUCAUUUGACUGAGGACAUGAAUAAAAAGUUUAAAGAUAUGAACAUAAAUCAAGAAGACACAACUGAUGCUCCUGGUAAAAAUGCGAUGUGUGAAGAUGAUGGUUCCAGUAAACUGUUUCUACUCUCGAGAGAUGCAUCACAGCUUAAAGUUCCAGGCAAACUUCGUAAGGCUGUUUCACAGAACAGAAAGCUUCGUCAGCACCUCUACACUGAAACAGUCACACAGAAAGUUGACACACCCACAGCCAUUAACGAUUUUCCAAACCAGCUAGAUCACUUGUUUGGUUGUGAGGAGGCCAAGCAGGUGCAGCUACAGGAGAAACAGGCCAACUACCUCGUGAACGUGUACACCAAUCUUACACAUAUACUUGACUCUCUCCACCUGGACAUACUCUCAGACCAGUGGAGCGGUGUGGAGGUGUAUCGGGCAAAGUGUCUGAUGGAGCUCCUUCUAACCACAUACCAGCAUGCAGAACAGCUUCUUCACCAGGCAGACUUCAGGCUUCUUACAAAAGCCAGCACAAGUCAGCCAUCAGUGGACCUAACUGAUCACGGAGUAUCAUCCACCUCCCAGUGGUAUCAUAGAGGCAACAACCCAGGUUCACCAGAUCCAAUACAGACCCUAAAGUACAGCAGCUCAAGGGACCUGGAGCGUUACAUGGAUGCAAUGUUCACCAUUCAGCAUCUUCAGCUCCAACUUGAUGGCUGGGAACAUGUCGCCAACACUGUCUUCCAGGCCCUUGAUACAUUGGACCCUACCUCGAGUGAUUACAUCCAGACAUUAAGGACUGGGUAUUCCCUGUUAUCUGAGAAGAGGUGCAGGGUGCCAGUUCUGAUCAAGGACACGAUCCCAGAGCAAGAGACUACUCAUGAUGGACAGUGGUGAUGAGUAGUGAUGACCGUUCCUAGGACUUUAAGCACUAUUAAAAUCUGACUUUUUUGAGAUAAUUCAUUGUUGGUGUAAUAGAGCCAAGACGUGCUAUUUUUGGCCUUAAAAUGUAAAUUUGCUUUCAUUGUUUUUGUUGGGUAUUUCAAUUAAAUUUGAUUUCCGGGAGCAAUAAUGAAAAUUUUAUGAUGAUAUCUCUAACAUUGCUUUAGUUGUGAAAGGUGAUUUAUUGUACAUUCUAAAUGCUAAUUUUGACAUCAUCCACAUGACAUCAUGACAAAGGAAAUGAAAAUGAGGAUUUAUAAAAGGUUGCAACUUAGCAAACUAACUGUUUAAGGGUGAGUUCUGUAAAACUAAAGAGGAAAUCUUAUUUUGAGCAUCUAAGUUGAUGGAUAUAUAAUGAAACAUUUCCGUAUUUUUUUAUGCUAUUACUUAUUUUAAACUGUGCAGGCUCUCCAAUGGCCAAUAACCAAGGUAUAGGUAUAAAUCUAAGGUCUGGGUUUUUUUUAAAAACUAGGGGUAGUAGUACUGUAAGAUGGAUUCCGCCAGAGGAUGAACCCACAUUUUAAGACUUGUCACAAUGCACCUUUCAUUCUCAUCAUGGUACAUCUCUUACAGCUUGAGAGAACAACUGAGCUGAUUUCUUAUUAAGUCUUGUUUGAAUUGGCCCAGAUACAAAAGUACCCAGUAACAGUCCAGCCAGAAAGGUCACAGGCAAUGACAAUAUUGCCCCCAUAUUUUUUUUAAUUGGUGACUUAAUUUCCUGUAUUCUGUGGGCAUUUUAGAACGCUUUUUAACUCUUUUUUUAACUACAUACUUCUAAUUAUCACAUUUUAUCUUUUAUUUAUCAACUAUUUCACAAAAUAGUGGGGGGGGGGGGGGGGGUCCCAAGAAAAAGUAAGAGUUGAACAGAAAAGUAGGUCACGCUUGGAAGGCUUGAGUGUGGAUCAGUUAUUCUUUUCCAGGGCCUUUUAACAAGAAUGCAUGAUCUUCAAGAGACCAUUGAGAGACUUUUAAGCUGCUAGAUAUUAUAUGCAAGUAGUUACAAGUAUGCAGUUUUCUCCAGUGAAUAAAACUAUAUUAUAUGAAUGUAAUAUCAUUGCAGCAAUUUGGGUGAACAUUUCUAAAGGUAUUUAACCAGGUUUUCAACAAACACUGGGUUAUAAGAAUGUUGUAUGUUUUGGUCAGACAGUCAAUCUGCUGGUCAGUCUUGUCAAAAACAAAGUUUCCAGCAGAUAAUUUUCAUUUAUCAUAUAAACACCAAAUUGGUGUAUAAGAAAAAAUUGACAGCUCAUUAGGGAUUGCUUUUGAUUCCGUAUUGCAAGAAGUCAAGGUCACCAUUACUGGUUUCAUGCUAUUAAUUUUAUUUUUGUUCAUGAUUUGGACACCAAACUUGGUAUAUGUAUAUUUAGAAAAUGUUGGUAUAUAUAUCUAUAUAUAUAAUUAGAACAUGUUGAGAGCUCGCUUUGGAUUGCUUUUGGGUCUGUUACGUCAAAGGUCACGGACAAGUUACUAAAUAAAGAAAUUUUGUUUCCAGCGAUUAGCAACAGUUUUUUUAAACAAAUAAACACCAAACUCGGUGUAUAGCAAAAGGAUUGAAUCGAAGCCCAUUCGGUCAAAGGUCAAGGUCCUUGUUUCUAAAGAUAGAAAGGUUUACAAAAAGGUUGUGUCACUUGCAGCACCUUUUCAGCAAUGAUGAGGAUCAUGUAUUCACACAAGGCGACAUCAAACUUACUUUUGUUAUUAAAUUAUUUUAAUUAGGUUUGAAAUCAAGUGACCUAACUUGGUAUAUAGGAAAGGAAGUGUAUAUGGAGUCUUCAUUGGAUUUCAUACUGGGUAUAUUUCAACAUUCCAUGAUUUCAGAACUGAAGCUUUUGUUCGCUAUUUUUUGUGUUUAAGUGUUGUAAAAUUUAAUGUUAAUUUAUUAAAACAAUUUAUUGUAUGGA